AUGUCAGAACCAUCAGUAAGAGCUCUAUCAAGCGCAUUUGAAAGUGCAUCAUCACCAGGUGAUGUUAAUAAGGAAUCACCAAGUUAUGAUGAACAUUCUUCAACAGGACCUGUUAGUGGUGCAUCAUCGUCAUCACCUUCAGUGUCACCAUCAAAUUUGAAACGAGACUAUACAGCAGGUGUAGAUAACGAGAGAAUUAUUGGUGCUAAAGAGCGCAGUAGUGUUGCACUCGAUAAAUUCCUCAAGAAUGAAGUCAUUCCAAGAGGAGGAACACCUGGCAGCAGCCAUAAAUCGGCUAUUGGCAAACCUGCUCCAAACGAAAACGAUAACAAGGCAAAGUCUGUACCAAAGUUUAGUGGCAGUUCACAUCCUGUCUAUGGUCUCAUGUUGGCUGGUAAACAACAUGAAUCGUCUGUUACUAAAAAGAAAAUUGUUAUUCCUCCUUCAAAUGCCUAUUAA